AUGUCUGUGGAACUCGCCAACCUAGAUCGCACCAUUCGCGUGGGUGUUAUUCUGCUUGGAGGGCUCACCGAGGUGCUGGACGUCGGCCCCGUCGAUCUCAUUCACGGAAUUAGCAAACCAUUUGUCGACCUCCUCCCCGACUCCCUGAUCUCCCCGGAGCAGAAGGCGCAGGCGCUUGACACUCAGUUUCACUGGGUUUCGGAAACAGGAAAGACUCAACCAAGUCGCCUCACGAGUAACAUGUCCCUUGCAGCAACAGACUCAUUCGAGACGUGUCCGCCGUUGGACAUUGUCCUCAUUGGAGCCUCCUUCCAGCCCGAAAUCACCGAAGCCGAGCUCGCCUUUAUCCGCAAGAGCUAUCAGGAAUGCUCCGCCUUCAUCACCGUCUGCGCCGGCAUCGAAGCUCCCCUCCGGGCCGGCAUCCUUGAGGGGAAGACGGCCACGGCGCCUCGCUUCAUGCUCAAGGAGCUGCGGCAAAAGGCCACGGGCACGCAGUGGGUCGAGAGGCGCUGGGCGAGAGACGGCAAACUGUGGACAAGCGGGACUCUGCUGAAUGGAUUGGACUUGAUGACCUCUUUCAUACAGGCCACUUGGCCCAGCGGCGAGGGGUCGCUGGUGGAUUACACCAUGAAGAUGUGCGCCUGGCCGAACCGGGACCCGGAGUAUAAGGAUGUGCCGUGGCACGAUUGA